GGAGCAAUACGGAAUCUACCAAAUCACCGAGGAACUUUACAAGAUCGACAUCGAGGAUGUUCUUGUCCACUUCGAUGGAUAUGAAGCCAAGAUCCAACUCUCUACCCUCUACAAGAACAAGCAAUGCGGACUUUGCGGACACUACGACAACGAGGAAACCAACGAGUUCCGUCGUGCCGACAACAUCGAAACCUCCGACAUCAAGGAAUUCCACAACAGCUUCUUGUACCAAGACAACGAAUGUGAAAUGGACACCUAUGAGCUCAACAAGGAAUCCAACUACAGACUUAUGGAUGAGGAAUCCCGUUACGACAACGAAUACGACGUCAAGACCGAUGCUGAGGAGCCAGUUCUCCGCACCAGAGUUCUUGAGCGCGGACACCGUGUCUGCUUCUCCACCGAGCCAGUCCCAGAGUGCCUUUCCGAGAUGAAGGAACGUGACACCUACAACAAGGUUGUCUCCUUCAGAUGUCUCCGCAGAUCCGCUCCUCUUGCUGACCGUUUGGUCCGUGAGAUCCGUCGUGAAAAUGUUUUGACUUCUGACCUUCUUGAGGAAAUCGAGGAGACUUACGAGCACAAGCUCCGUCUUCCCAAGAUGUGCCUCGCUUUCUAA